AUGAAUUCAACAACAACAUUCGGUUCAUAUGGACAAGAGAAAGGCGAACUAUCAACGAUUCAUACCUCCAUGGCUAAUUGGUCAAUACCAGAACAAUUUCGUAAACAAGCAAUCGAAAGUGUUCGUUUAUUACUCAUGGUCACUGCAGAAGGAUCGUUUUUGGGUCAAGCAUUUAUGUUCGAUCUAGCCACAGGUACUUCAUUAACAACUUUGUUAGUUACUGCUACCAAGAUUCACUCGAUAACUGAUUCAAACUCAUCAUUUGCUGUAAUCUAUUUCGUCAUCAAUACAAAUGCGCAGCUCAAACAAUUGUAUUCAUCAUGGACUACAAAAAGAUGUUUCAAUUGUGGUAAGUGUGUUUGGCUGUGGGCUUGUUGUUGUAAAACUUAUGAUAAUUCGGCCCCACGUGGUCAUUCAAUGGAAGAAUUAGCUAUUGUCAAACAGAAAAUGACUGUCGAUCAAUUCACUUGGUUCAAUGAACAAAUCAUGUCGUCAAAUGUAUCAAAGCCCUUAGUGAAACGAUCGGUUCGAAAUUAUUCCUAUCUUCAACAAAAUAUCGGUUUGAAUGAUACCAUUGAAAAUUUUCUAUCGAGUGAAACUGUCAAAGAAGAAGUUUUGACAACCUACAAUGAUUCAAUCUUAUCGGCUAUUCCAUCUAAUUUGACAUCAUCAAGGUGA